AUGGCCCCUUUAACUGUGAUUCCUUUGAACGACAAAACAUCGAAAGUUGACUCGACAUCAUUUGCUACGCCUUCCGUGGCUAUACCGUCAUUACCAGACACAUUAAGAGAACAAAAGGGUCCUUUAUCCAUUGCCUCGGAGAUAAAUGGUAAACAUCCAUUGGAGGCCCGUCUGAGAAACUGGGAAGAAAAUGAACACAACAAUAGAUUGGAAACUUAUAGAAGGAUAUUCGGUGCUGGAGAACCCAUCAAAAGACAGAUGGAAUUAGGAAUUGUUGAUGCCACAGACUUCAAACCUACCAUUCUUGGUGGACCAUCCAACUUGCAUAGAAACAUAUUACUGAACAAGGAUACUUCCAUUGACUGGGAAGAUGUUUACACAGGUUUCGAUUCUGUUGCUUGUCCAGAUAUGCACACCGAGAUGGAAAGAAAAGUUGGAAUUUAA